AUGCGAUGCGGCACGUGGCACCGCAAUGUGUUCGACCCCGUGUUUAUGCGGCGUGUGAAGCGGACGCUGGCGUCGUACAAAGAGGCGAUGGACCACUCCAGUAGGAAGGGGAUGUCACGGGAGGCCUUUGUCGACAUCAACGAGAAGGGGGCUGCGUGGUAUCUGGGGCACAUGCAGCUUGCCUCGCAGUCCCUCGCCGAAAAAGUAAAGGAUGCAGAUUUCGUGUUGGAGAUACGCGAUGCACGUCUGCCGUUUUCCACAGAGAAUCCCAAUCUGCGAAAAGUUGUAACGGGAAGGCCGAGACUCAUUAUUUUUAACAAGGCGGAGAUGUCAAACGAGGACUGCAACCGCACCAUACAGCAGUACUAUGAGGCAACUGGUAGUUUCGCCCUCUUCACCAGCGCCAAGCGGAGUUGGAGAGACACGGUGGAGGCCGUACAGCGGUUUGUGACGCACAUCCUCCCCGCUCAGCCCUUUAGGACAACGGCCCAUGUUGGGCUUGUGGUUGGGAUGCCCAAUGUUGGCAAGUCUACCCUCAUAAACUCCCUGCGAAUGGCACACGAGUAUCAGUUUCAUCGUGAUGACUUUCGGCGCCCGCGUACGCCGGAGGCGGUGAGCAUUUUUCCUGGCACAACUCGGGGCGUGAAACUCGUUCCUGUUUGUCGUGAUCCAAAUGUCGUCCUGUACGACUCACCUGGGCUUACACUCCCUGGAUGUUUUUCAAAAGAGGCGGGUUUGAAGUUGGCAGCAUGUGGGAUAAUACCUACCAACGACAUCACGCUCUCUCGCGCCCUUGUGGCACGGUACAUUUACGAUGUGCUCACUGCUGCAGGGAUCGGUGAGCACAUGGCGGAGUGUUUACACCUGCCAAGGGCUCCGAUCAGCUUCGACGACUGCAUCGCAAUGAUCUGUGAAAGAAGUGGUUCCAGUGGACAAACGGAUUUAGGCAACUUGGACCCUGCACGGGCACAGAGGUUUCUCAUCCACGAUUUCCAGAUGGGGAAGAUGGGACGCGUCACGCUUGAUCGACUGCCCAACAAGAUGCGCCGACAGAUGACACACAACGAGUAUCGCCAACUCGGCGAUGGCCAAGCUAAUGGCUCAGAAGGUGCUGCUGAGAGCAGUGAGUUUGUCUUUACGCACGAUGUGAAGACUUCGGAUGUAGUGUCCCGAUAUUCUGAAGACAUGCGAGAUGUUAUGGAGGAACUUCAGGGGGCAUCCGUGAAAGAUGCGGCUUCCCACUCUCGCUCACAGAAGGACGGCACUGUCAUUAGCCGCAAGAAAGGGCCCAUUAGCCGAGUGAGUAUUCUUGAUGGAAAUUUUCGAAAAAACACUCGUGUUGCUCCAGGCCGUUGA